CACUGACAAUACUUCCUUUUAAGGAGAUCAGUCAGUCAAUCAUAAGAGAGAAAAGCUGGUUGGUCGUGGUGGUGGAGCAGUAUAGCUCAGCGGUGCACCAAGAAACUUCCUGAAACUUUAUUGCCUCGUAAAGAGGAAGAAAUUGAAAAGUGACCAGAGGAAGAUGACUUCGGAGCAUAAAGACAGCAGAGAUCACUGUGACAAGAAGAGAGAACAAGACAAAAGAGUUUGUCGUGUGGAGGAAGAGACUGAAGUUGUCAAGCAUCAUCUCAGGAUGUUUGUUCUCUACUGGGUGACUCUGCUUUUCUCUGUGAGAGGCAGCAGUGCUGACGCAGACUCAUCAACUGGAUUAAAACAACACUGUGGCCCAAUAGAUGGCUACUGUGUUAGUCUCAGUGAGGGAACCAUAACAGCAGAGGCUGGACUCUGUGUUGUGAUACCAUGUUCUUUCACUACUGCUAGUGCCUUCAGACCCUCCGCUAUAGUGUGGUACAAAUGUGAUCCAUCAAAAGAAAGAUGUGAUGACUCUGACAUCAUAUUCCACUCCAGUGAAAACAAUCAAAAAGCUCAGUCUGGAUUCAUAGGACGAGUGUCAUCUUUAGAGCCUGAUGUGAGACAGAGAAACUGCAGCAUCAUGAUUAAUGAUCUGAAUGAGUCUGAUUCUGGAUCAUACCAACUCAGAGUUAAUGGAGACCUGAAUGGGAGGACAGAUGGAUUUACAUACCCUUCAAGAUCAACUGUUUCUGUUAAAGACUCAUCAACUGGAUUAAAACAACACUGUGGUUCAGCAUAUGGCUACUGUGUUAGUCUCAGUGAGGGAACCAUAACAGCAGAGGCUGGACUCUGUGUUGUGAUACCAUGUUCUUUCACUACUGGUUAUGGCUUUACACCCUCCGCUAUAGUGUGGUACAAAUGUGAUCCAUCAAAACAAAGGUGUGAUGACUCUGACAUCAUAUUCCACUCCAGUGAAAACGAUGAAAAAGCUCAGUCUGGAUUCAUAGGACGAGUGUCAUCUUUAGAGCAUGAUGUGAAACAGAGAAACUGCAGCAUCAUGAUUAAUGAUCUGAAUGAGUCUGAUUCUGGAUUAUAUCAAUUCAGAGUUAAUUUCUCCCGGAUUUACAUACCCUUCAAGAUCAACUGUCUCUGUGAAAGGUGUCAGUCAGAAGCCCACAGUGAUGAUUCCUCCACUGAUAGAGGGACAGCAGAGCACACUGACCUGCACUGCUCCUGGUCUCUGCUCUGGAUCUGUUCCUACAAUCACCUGGAUGUGGAGAGGAGCAGCAGAGGAUGACUCUCUCCUCAGAGGAAACAUCACUGGUUACCAGACUGAGAAUGUGACUGCUGUCACACAGAGACACAGCUCAACUUUGACCUUUAACUCUUCAGCUGAACACCACGGCUCCAGUAUCAGCUGUAAGGUCAGCUUCACAGGAGGAGCAA